GAAAAAGGUUGUCAGUCGGAUCUCGCGAGAGAGGACGGAAGCCUGUGGGAGCCCGUGGCCUUUAAAAGUUACUAAAUGGAAACUUGAAGCACUGCGUAAGAGCUGAGGGAUUCUUCACAGCAGAGUGAAUGAAGCUCACGGCCCACAAGCUAGAAAGGCAAUACAAGGACCUGUGGAAUAUGAGUGAUGACAAACCCUUUCUAUGCACUGCCCCUGGAUGUGGCCAGCGUUUUACCAACGAGGAUCAUUUGGCUGUCCAUAAACAUAAACAUGAGAUGACACUGAAAUUUGGUCCAGCACGUAAUGACAGUGUCAUUGUGGCUGAUCAGACCCCAACACCAACAAGAUUCUUGAAAAACUGUGAAGAAGUGGGUUUGUUUAAUGAGUUGGCAAGUCCAUUUGAGAAUGAAUUCAAGAAGGCUUCGGAAGAUGACAUUAAAAAAAUGCCUCUAGAUUUGUCCCCUCUUGCAACACCCAUCAUAAGAAGCAAAAUUGAAGAACCUUCUGUUGUAGAAACAACUCACCAGGAUAGUCCUUUACCUCACCCAGAGUCUACUACAAAUGACGAAAAGGAUGUACCAUUGGCACAAACUGCACAGCCCACAUCAGCUAUUGUUCGUCCAGCAUCUUUACAGGUUCCCAAUGUGCUUCUCACAAGUUCUGACUCAAGUGUAAUUAUUCAGCAAGCAGUACCUUCACCAACCUCAAGUACUGUAAUCACCCAGGCACCAUCUUCCAACAGGCCAAUUGUCCCUGUGCCAGGCCCAUUCCCUCUUCUAUUACAUCUUCCUAAUGGACAAACCAUGCCUGUUGCUAUUCCUGCAUCAAUUACAAGUUCUAAUGUGCAUGUUCCAGCUGCAGUCCCACUUGUUCGUCCAGUCACCAUGGUGCCUAGUGUUCCAGGAAUCCCAGGUCCUUCCUCCCCUCAGCCAGUGCAGUCGGAGGCAAAAAUGAGAUUAAAAGCUGCUUUGACUCAGCAACAUCCUCCAGUUACCAAUGGUGAUACUGUCAAAGGUCAUGGUAGUGGAUUGGUUAGGACUCAAUCGGAAGAAUCUCGCUCACAAUCAUUACAACAGCCUGCCACAUCCACUACAGAAACCCCGGCUUCUCCAGCUCACACAACUCCACAGACCCAAAAUACGAGUGGUCGUCGAAGAAGAGCUGCUAAUGAAGAUCCUGAUGAAAAAAGGCGGAAGUUUCUGGAGCGAAAUAGAGCAGCAGCCUCUAGAUGCCGACAAAAAAGGAAAGUCUGGGUUCAGUCCUUAGAGAAGAAAGCAGAAGACUUGAGUUCAUUAAAUGGACAACUGCAGAGCGAAGUCACCCUGCUGAGAAAUGAAGUGGCACAGCUGAAACAGCUUCUUCUGGCUCAUAAAGAUUGCCCUGUAACCGCCAUGCAGAAGAAAUCUGGCUAUCAUACUGCUGAUAAAGAUGAUAGUUCAGAAGACCUUUCAGUACCAAGUAGUCCACAUGCAGAAGCUAUACAGCACAGUUCUGUCAGCACAUCCAAUGGAGUCAGUUCAACCUCAAAGGCAGAAGCUGUGGCCACUUCAGUCCUCUCCCAGAUGGCGGACCAGAGUACAGAGCCUGCACUUUCUCAGAUCGUCAUGGCUCCUUCCUCCCAGCACAGCCCUCGGGAAGUUGAUUAAAAAUCUGCAGUACAACAAUUCCAGAUAUUCAUUAGUGACUUCAAGGAAAAAAAAUCAAGGAAAGACCAGUUUCCAUUUAUGCGAAAUCUGUGGUUGUAAAUUUUUUUUUUUUACUUGAAAUUAAAUUUGGCUCUAAAGUUGGUGUAGCAACAGUAGAUGAUCAGACUGAACAGCAGUUUUUAGUCUCUGAAAAAAAGACUGAUUUUGCUUUUCUUUUUUAUAAUGUUAGAUUUAUUAUUUUUUCUGUGCUCAAUGUGUAAAUUGCAUCAUAAUUCAUUGUGGUUUGUUUCACUUUAAUUUGAUGGUUUUAAUAAAUGGGGGUGUUACUGAAUCUCUCUUCCCACUUCCAUUUCUUUUGCCCACCCUUAACCCUCAACUGUGAUGGUAGUGUUGUUAUCAUUUAUACCAAAGUUCUGCAUUGUCCCUAUUGGCUUUGCAAUGUGAACAAAGUCGUAAAGCACUAGGCAAGAGAAAGAUAGAAAUUUGAUUUUAAUCAUUUUGCCUUUUAUUUUGCACAUUAUUGCAAAAGGAAGAAUAUUAGAGAACACUUUUUUUUAAGUGAAUGAGAACAUAGUAAAAGUGCUUUUAUGCACACUCUUUAAUCAAAGUCAUUCAUAAUAUUGCAUUUUUUAAAAGACUUUAAGUAGACAAAAAUUGUGGAAUCUUCAACAUUUCAAAAAUGACUUUAUUUUUUAAGUCUUAAGCUCAGUAUUUUAAACCUAUGUUUUGAGGCUGAAAAUAUGAAAUUAUGUAAUAUACGAUACAGGGUUAUCAGAUAUCUAGUAAUUUUUGAAAUUAGCUCUUGUUAUUUUUUGAGGGGGUUGGUGGGGGUUUUUUGGUUGUUUCAUUUUGUUUUUCCAGAUUUCAGGUUACAAACUGAGAAGUUUGUGCAUAAUCAAGUAUGGUAUGGUUGCCAGAAAAGCCUAAAAUUACUACUUAGAAAUUUUCGGACUGUUUACCCCCAUUGUCUUGUACUUGCGAGCUAACUUGUACUGAUUCUUGUGAAAGCACUGUCAUCUUUUAGUAGCAGAUUUUGAUAAUGUUUCUUGUGGGGAAAAAAAUCAGUAUCUUAUCUUUAGAACAAUGUAAUUAUAAAGUGGAAGUAUGAAUGAGUGAGAGAGUGUGUGUGUUUGUGCGUGUGUGUCUUUCAAUAGUUUAAGCCAGCAAUCUUUGCUUGAAUGUUUAACAAUGCCUUCUGUGUGAUGCUGGCCAAUAUGAUUGCAGUUUAAAAUGUCAUUACUGUGCAGGCUUGGAUAACUAACAUUCCAUGAUGUAGCUUGUUUCUGAUGAGAUGAUUGUAGGUACACUUUCCUCAUUAUCCAGUCAUCUGUGGGAUACUGAGUUUUCUAAUGUGCCAUUAUCUAUUUUUAUUCUGCAAUUAUGUUCAAGAUACAGUACAAUAUUUUAAAUGGACUAAAUUGUUAAACACAAAAAUUUAACAGUAGUAAGUGUGCGUAAGAAACCUUUGUAAAAUAGUUGAGUCUUAUCCAGUAGUAACUUCUGGCAUUCAAGCAGGAUUCCAUUAUGUAAAUAUCUGUAAUGCAUUUAUAAUAAGUUGUGCAGUUUGUUCUGCAUCCAUACCACAUUAUUUGCUAAAGUCUCAGUGCCAUCUCCUAAUGAGACUGACAUUUUAAAAGCCUGUGUGGAAUAUACUUGGUAAUUCAAGAGAAUAUCCCACCUGCCUAAGUUCCAAACUGGGAAAGAUGCAAAUUAUACAAACGACAUUUCAGGAUUUUUAAGUAUGAAGAUAAUAGAAAUUUUUUUAUUGUUUGGCUUGUUAGAGUUGAAAAAAAAUUUAGUUGGUAAUUCUAACUUUAUUUGUAACUGAUUUCCUAGCUUUAAAGUAAUCAAUUUCUAAUCCUGAUUUUGCCAUAGUUAUGCUAAGGAGUUGAUCUCAAAGGCACAAAAUACAAGAAUACAAAAUUCUUCAGGAAGGCUAUUUUUUAUUGUAAUUCAGCCUCAAUUUUCACUCUCCUAAAUCCUUCAUUGCAUUUUUCUUUCAUCUUAUUAUUUAUGCAAAUUCAAGUUCUUUGUUAACAGAAUUCUUGCAACUGUAAAAUAAAAGUACAUAGAUGUAAGAAGUCAUGUAAACGGUUAAUGAGCUUACCAAGGUUAGCAAAACUUUCAUUGUAAAUCUGUCUGUACUCAACAAAUAAAAAUCAUUAUUAGUUGUAUAAACACAAAUUCCAUUUGACUUCCAGGAUGUCACACUACUUCUGUACCUAGCAUUUUGAGUCCUUAUAUUUGCAAUGUUACACAAACUGUACUAUUUUCUUUUUGUGCAGUUUGCAUGAGUAAACCAUCAGAGAAUAAAUUCUAUCUUUAAAUUA